AUGAACACCACUGAACCAGACUCCAACUUCACCUCUACACCAUACACAGAAAAUGUCACUCUGUCCAGCCUAACAGCCACCACCAUCUCUCCCACCAGCCCACUGCCUCCAACCUAUUCUUCAGACAUCCUCAACCCAGAAUACACCAUCAUGGUGGUGCUGGGCUUGUCGCUGAUGCUGGCGGGGUUAGCUGCCUUCCUGGCAGUGUGCCGGCCCUCGGAACAGGAUGGGGACUCUGAGGCGAGCUGCAGCCCAGGCGAGGGCUUGACCCGUGGAGGGAGCCGGUCCAGUGAGCCCCAGCUCAAGGUGUGGAAGAGGCUGGGUUCAUACCGGCGUUCAUACAACAUCUCCUUCAGACGACCGCCCCAUCGCAGGCCGUACGAGCGCGAGAGCACACAGACGUCCCGGCCUCCAGCCAGACACACACAGCAGCCAGAAACCAGCGUGGAGCCCCACCUCACUAUGCCUUGUCUAUUUGACUAUGUCACUGAAAUCUGA